AUGGAAGCCCUUGUUAAUGAAAAUGAAAAUCCAGAUGAAUUCGAGUUUGACGAUCAGGAUGUCGAAUCGAAUGCAGUUGUAAACUCGGCCGCGAUUGAUGCAAAAAUAAUACAACAGUUGAGAGGACUCAGAGAACAAUACGACGUCAAAGCUAAACAGCAAUCGGCUGUAAUCGAUGCAAAAAUAGAAAAUCAGAUGAUAAGAAUGGAAGAUGUCACGUCGAAAUUUGAUCAAAAGAAAAUAAACUCCACACCUGUAAGACACGUGACCGCGAUGACAAUAAAAGCGCCAGCAUUCGACGGAAUAACUUCAUGGAACAUUUAUAAAGCCCAGUUUGAAACAGCAGCAAUGAAUUAUGGCUGGAACAAAAGAGAGCGGGCAACGGCUCUUGUGGUAGCGUUACGAGGGUCAGCGGCAGAAGUUCUCCAAACGAUUCCAGCCGAGAACCAUUCCAACUAUGAAGUCCUGGUAAAUGCGUUGAAUUUACGUUAUGAUAAAAAACAUAUGAAGCAAAUAUAUCGGUCUCAGCUACGAAACCGGACGCAACGACCUGGAGAGUCAAUACAGCAGCUGGCACAGGAUAUUGAACGGUUGACUCUGCUGUCAUACCCUACGUACGACCCACAACACAGAAAAGAGACUGCACUGAAAAAGUUAGUAAAGGCUGUUCGAAAUUCAGAUCUUAGACAAACUCUCAUACUAGCGGACAAACGCAACCUCAAAGACGCCGUUGUCUACAUCUUACAUUUGAGUCAGCAAAGCAAGCUUCAAAGACUGACGUAA